UACAAGGGUAGAGGAUCAGAAAACCCCGAACAAGAAUGGUCAGAGUUGUCCGACAGCCAAGAUGGCGGCGAUAAUGUUGAGGUCGCUUUCCUGCCUCGGACGUCCUUCAACUAAACUAAUAUUAAACAACAGCGCUCUGAGUCCUGGCUGUUCGCUGCUGCAGAACAGGCAGAAGCAGUGGCAGCCAGAUCCUGAGUGGAUGGAGCAGUUCGCCGGAGCCAGGAUGUACCCCACUGCCUACAAAAAAUGGACCCCGCCUCCAUGGAAUGAUAAAGACCCUCCUGUAGAGAAGGAGGUUUCAACCUUGACCAUUAACUUUGGCCCCCAGCAUCCCGCAGCUCACGGCGUGCUGCGCCUGGUGAUGGAGCUCAGCGGCGAGUCCGUCAAGAAGUGUGACCCUCACAUUGGCCUUCUUCACCGAGGCACAGAGAAGCUCAUCGAGUACAAGACCUACCUACAGGCUCUGCCCUACUUUGACCGUCUAGACUACGUCUCCAUGAUGUGUAAUGAGGAGGCCUAUUCUCUGGCUGUGGAGAAGCUGCUCAACAUCCAGGCUCCACCUCGGGCCCAGUGGAUCAGAGUUCUGUAUGGAGAGUUGACCCGCAUCAUGAACCACAUCAUGGCUGUCACCACUCACGCCCUCGACAUCGGGGCCAUGACGCCCUUCUUCUGGAUGUUUGAGGAGAGAGAGAAGAUGUUUGAGUUUUAUGAGCGAGUGUCUGGAGCCAGAAUGCACGCUGCGUACGUCCGACCAGGAGGCGUUCACCAGGAUAUGCCCCUCGGCCUGAUGGAUGACAUCUAUGAAUGGUGCAAAAACUUCUCGUUGAGAAUUGAUGAAGUAGAAGAGAUGCUGACCAACAAUCGCAUUUGGAAGAAUCGGACUGUGGACAUCGGGGUUGUCACUGCUGAGGAAGCUCUCAACUAUGGCUUCAGUGGAGUGAUGCUGCGAGGAUCAGGAAUCAAGUGGGACCUGAGGAAGUCUCAGCCGUACGACAAGUACGACGAGGUGGAGUUUGACGUUCCAAUUGGGAGCAACGGGGACUGUUACGACAGGUAUCUGUGCCGAGUGGAGGAGAUGAGGCAAUCCCUGAGAAUCAUACUACAGGCACUCAACAAAAUGCCAGAGGGGGAGAUAAAGGUGGACGACGCCAAAGUGUCCCCACCCAAGAGGUCUGAGAUGAAGACGUCCAUGGAGUCUCUGAUCCAUCAUUUCAAGCUUUACACCGAGGGCUACCAGGUUCCCCCAGGGGCCACUUACACCGCUGUAGAGGCUCCGAAGGGGGAGUUCGGCAUUUAUUUGGUAUCAGACGGCUCCAGUAGACCUUAUCGGUGCAAGAUCAAAGCUCCUGGAUUUGCCCACUUGGCCGGAUUGGACAAAAUGUCCCAGGGACACAUGCUAGCAGACGUGGUGGCCAUCAUUGGAACUCAGGACAUUGUGUUUGGGGAGAUUGACCGUUAAUGCUGCUAAUAAAGAUCAGCCCUACCUGUUA